ACCACAACGUCAACAUUAAACGUCAGUCUCGUGCGAUCUUGCUGAGUGUUUACAUCAUUUGUAGGUUAUUUUAAUUUUUUAAAAUCUCAUCACUUAUUUUUUUAAUUAACCGUAGAUAAAAUUGAAUAAAAAUGAAAGUGGCAGCUGCAAUAGGUCUAGUAUUUUUAGGAUGCUGUACAAAUGUCAUAUUUCUCGAGUUGUUAGUUAAAGAAGAUCCUGGUAGCGGAAACCUCAUAACGUUUUCACAAUUUCUUUUAAUUUCAUUAGAAGGUUUCAUAUUUACAUCAAAAUUUGGAACUGUAAAACCUAGAAUAGGAAUUAAAGACUACAUGAUAUUGGUAUUUAUGUUUUUUGUAACAAGUGUCUGUAAUAAUUAUGCAUUUGAUUUUAAUAUACCAAUGCCUCUUCAUAUGAUAUUUAGAGCGGGUUCAUUAAUAGCCAACAUGAUAAUGGGAAUAAUUAUUUUAAAAAAGAAAUACGUAUUCAGUAAAUACCUUUCAGUAUUUAUGAUAACUGUAGGAAUAAUAAUAUGUACAAUAGUAAGUGGUAAUGAAGUCAAAUCAACUCAAAAAAUAAUAAAAGAUGGAGUACCACCGACCCAAAUGGAAAUUUUAUUUUGGUGGAGCCUUGGAAUCGCCUUGUUGACCCUCGCCUUAUUUAUUUCUGCCAGAAUGGGACUGUACCAAGAAGAACUGUACGCUAAAUACGGCAAACAUCCAUACGAAGCUCUUUACUACACCCACUUACUACCUCUUCCAUUUUUCUUGACACUGAGCUCAAAUAUUUGGGACCACGCGCUACUGGCUCUCAAAUCAGAUCCAAUAUUAAUUCCAAUCCUUGGAAUUUACUCACCAAAGACUAUUGUCUACUUGAUUGGAAACGUCGUGACUCAAUUUAUGUGCAUCAGCUCAGUGUUUGUGCUGACAACGGAAUGCUCAUCAUUGACAGUAACAUUAGUCGUAACUUUACGUAAAUUUUUUUCCCUAUUAUUUUCUGUAGUUUAUUUCCAAAAUUCAUUUAGUAUUUACCAUUGGAUUGGUACAGGCUUAGUAUUUUUAGGGACUAUUAUUUUUACCGAAAUCGUGCCAAAAAUACGUCAAAGUAUUGUCGGGCCUAGGACCAAAAAGGUGCAAUAAACUUUUUAAAUGUAAAUAGACUAGUAAAUUUCUUUUUUUAAAGUAAUUAAAAUGACGAUAAACUUGGACAUGCAAUAAUAUGAUCCUGAAGUUAGCAGACAAUUAAAAAUUUUCGGAUUUUUUUUUCAACAAAUCAAUUACGAAAAAAUAAAAAUUAAAAAUAUGCACAUGUAGGAAAUUUAAUAAACUAUAGGUGCAAUUUUUUCAAAAUUUUUCUUUUUUAUAAUUUACCGUCUAAAAAAAAAUCCAAAAAUUAUUAAACGUCAGCUAGCUCCAGUAUCAUGCAAUAAUUGAAUAUUUUUAUUGUGUAAAAAUAACAAGACAAUUUAUAUCAAAUGUAGCUCUUAUACUACGACCUUAAAAGUAAUCAAGCUCUUAAUGAAUAAGCGUUAUCGCUAUCGACCUUUACGCGCAUAUUACAAAUUAAAAAAAAAAAAAGUUAUCGGCAGUAAAACUCCUGCAUAUUCAGUAAACAAUAAACACUUAUUUAAAAGCUUGCUGUAGAUAUAAUUAUCAAGGGAAAAAAAAUAAACUAAAUCAUGCGAAUGUAAAUACGUUCAUUUAAUUUAAAUGAAAUGAAAACAAAUGGGAAAAAUAUUGAUAUCAUUUGUUAUUAAUUAUUUUUAGAACAGAUUGUAUAUUUACGUCCAUAGGGAAAGGAUUAUUACUAUUUUUACCAAACGACAAUAGAAUAAAUAAAUAAUUGAUUGUAAAUACGUAUUAUAAGUCAAUGUGAAGCAGAUUUAGUCACGAGUAAUUAAACAGAUGUUACUUUUUAAGAAGAUUAUUUUUAUUUUUUUUGUUAAAUAUAUAUAAUUAAUGUACAGCGGAGUGAUAGAAUGUCAUUCUCUUUUAUUCUUUGGUUAAUGUACAAAACGUAUGCACGACUAAAGUGUCCAGCUAAAUUUUCACCCGACAUGAACGCUAUUUUUUAUUUUAAAUAAAUAAAAUUGUCAUUUUAAAUCA